AAUAAAAACAACAACAACAACUGGUCUACCGUAUUUUUAUAAUAAUAAAUAUUUUUAACCCCCGUUUGUUGUUGAAAAACAGAAUUCAAUUAUAUUAAAGCAAUGGCCUUUAGUGAAGUUUGUAGAAUUUGUUUAUGCGUUAAUGAACGCAUGUUGGUACUAAAGGAGACUGGUCUCAAAAAUUUAUACAAAGCAUUGACGGACACUUUUAUGGAUGAGAAUGAGGGGCCCAUAAUUGUCUGUGUCACUUGUCAUGCAAGACUCAAUCGUUGUAGAAGUUUACAACAACAGGCUAUUGGGUCGAAUGCAGUUCUGGACCAGUUGCUUACAGGAGCGUCCAUGUCAACACCAAAUCCACAUAAGCCUAGAUAUGAGAUUCAAUUCACACCAAUUUGUCAUAUAGAUAUCAGGCCAGGUGAGUGUGAUACAGGAAAUGAUCGUAAUGACGAAAUUUUUAGCCUUGAAUCUGUUAAAGUUGAGGAAGAGAAUAUCGAAGAUGAGAAUUCCAAAUUUGAAGAAAAUAGGAAUCAUGAAACAGGUAAGGAUAUACACAUUUUGUGAUAUGGUUAAAAUAAGUACAGUUUACCUAAUGGCAAGUGGCAAGCAAUUUGUUACUGUAGCCCAUGGACACAAAAUAAGAGGGCUUCAUAUGCAAGGUACUGAUUUACUGAUUUGCCUUUGCCUAAUUUCAAAGUGCAUGUAAAAAGCACUCUUAUGGAAUAAGAAAAAUACGAAUGAAAUAAUUAUUUUAAAAGAAAAGCAUAUUAAGCAUGGACAUUAUAAUGAGCUUCGUUAGACAACGCAUCUACAUUUUGAUUCUUAAUAGGAUGCAGAUGUCUUUGGUUACAGCAUCCACUUACAAUUAGGUGAACUGUGUGUCCAUUAGUCAUAGUCCGUAAAAUACUAUAUUUUAACAAACUAUUCCACUUCUUUUGUUAGAAAUUAUCAUCAAAAGUAUUUAAAUAAAAGAACACUACUCGGUAACAAACCCUGCUUACUAUCAGGACCCCAAUUACAUGAUAACACCAAAGUAUGCAAACCAACAGCAUCACUACCCAUCUCAAUGUAACACAGGGCAGCCUCUCAGCAACACGACCUUCCUUGCCUACACUAGUAGAAUACCCCAACAGGCAUAGUAACGACAGUGAAACUUAGAAUUACCUACUGAUGCCUCUUAGUCGCCUAUGCGAUACUUUAUACUGCUAAAACAAGUGGGAGAUUACCAGAGUUGUAACCUUCAUUUGUUCGUAUUUCCUUUAAUUUUUUUACCCUCAUUCCCAAAAAUAUAUAUAAAAAUUUCGUCACCUUAUAAUCUAUACUGAUAUACAGUGGAUUUCAUUUAUUACGACCUUGGUUGUAGCGACCAAUUACCUAUAGCGACGUUAAAUCUAAGUCCCUUGAAUUUAAAGCAUAUUUUAGUACAAAAUUCAUGUGGCUAUAGCGACUUCGGAUGUAACGCCGAGUUCGGGUGUAGCGACUGUUUUUAAUGAAUAAUCUAUAACGAAUUCCUAGAAAUCCCAUGCAGAUAUUGCGACCGGAGUCGGCCGCCAAAUACACAAAGAUUUCUUUCUUUAAAAAACAUUUUUUAUCUUUUGUUUAUAUCCACACAGAUGGUCACCAGGUAUGGAGACCAUUACCUUUUGUUUAUAGAUAUCAACUAAGUAGGUAGGGAAGCGUGUACGUUUCGAGUUAAAUUUAUGGUUCAGUUACAAAGUGAUAUUCUGAGUAGCAACUGUAAUGUAUUGAAUUUGUUACCUUUGCCUGUACGACUUCCGGAUAUAACGACGAAUAUUGAGUGGUCCCUUCAUCGUCGUUAUACCCGAAAUCCACUGUAUUUACAUAAUCAGUAUAACGACAUCAAACAUCGAAAAUUAAAACUGUGCUAACCAUGAUUCCCAUCAUAUUUAAUUUUCCACAAUAGCACUGCUGGUCAAAACGCACGCACAACAGAAAUAAUGUUAGUGUAAAAAAGAAUGCUGAAUCAACAAUAUUAUGGGUACGCAGCAGUACUGUGAUUUUUUUACAGGAAAUACCUAGACCCUGAGUUGCCAGGGCUUUUUUGGUGUUUUUUUUUAAUGGCUCCAUCUUAAUCGUCCCAUAAACUUCCACUGCUGAACAUGGAUGAAUCUCUCCCGAUGUAGGGAGAAUUUGCCUUAAUAUUCACGCUUGGCAUAGGAUAUGUGGUAGAGACAUGGUGCAGCUAUAUUAGUAAUAUAGUUGUAGCACAAAUGGGUCGGCUCGACCGGGGAAGAACCACGCUUUCACAGAUUACCAGAGUAAAAUAGCUUUAUUUCGUAUGGUGAGCGUAGAGAACCGGAGACCCCUUUUACUAGAAACGCGGCAUUCAAUCUUAGUCGUCAUGGGUGACAACGUAUCUGCAGUUUGAUUCGUAGUCGAGGAUAGAUGUAGAUAUCUAUGGGCCACAGGUAUUUACCAUCAGGUGGACUGUGUGCUCGCUUGUUACCUUUAUCCUAUAAAAAAAGGAUUGAGGAUCACAGAAACAGACGUGAGCACCUCUGACAAUGUUGCCUGUCGCCGGUCUGGUUAUUUUACAUCUGAAGUAAACGAGGUGGCUAUACUGCCAUCUGUCAGAAGCCGUAAGACUUUUCUGGCAAACCCAUAGUCUCCUCUUACGAAACCCACCGGACAAAAUGUGAUGAUGAGUUCUCUUACGCCGCACCUACAAGGCAACUUCGACUAUAUUCUUAAUAUCUACAAAAAAUACUGGUCAAUAUGUGUGGUGUGUAUGUGUCUGUUAUAUUUGACGAUUUUAAAUUAACACAUUAUUUAAAUUAAUUGUACAGUUUCUUGAAAUAAAUUAUUAUUAUUACAGCGGACCCCCGGUAAUCCGGCCCCUGUCAAAUACGGCACCCCCUGUAAUUCGACAUGGUCUAUUAUUUACAAUCUUCGCAAAUGCAUGAUUGAACAAGUUAUAACUUGAUUUAUAAUUUCUGAUUAUUUUAGUAUGUACAUUUGUAUACAUGUACACAAUUAGUUCUUAAUGUAAACUUAUUGCAUAUAUCUUUUAAGUUCUGUAGCAUUAAUGACGUUAAUUUUAUAAUAAAAUGUAAGCUCCCU